AUAGCCGGCGACACAAUCUACAUAUCCGGCACACUGGGAGCGGUCGGUGAGGAGUUGAAGCUGGUAGAGGGUGGUGUAGGGCCAGAGACCACCCAAACACUGCGUAACAUCGAGAAGAUUCUGGAGCACUGCGGAGCUACGCUAAAGGCAUGUGUCCUGGUUACCUUGUAG